AUGCCACGGCCGGGGAAGAGCUCGUACAGCGACCAGAAGCCGCCCUACUCGUACAUCUCUCUGACGGCCAUGGCCAUCCAGCACUCGGCCGAGAAGAUGCUGCCUCUGAGCGACAUCUACAAGUUCAUCAUGGAGCGCUUCCCCUACUACCGCGAGCACACGCAGCGCUGGCAGAACAGCCUGCGGCACAACCUCUCCUUCAACGACUGCUUCAUCAAGAUCCCGCGGCGGCCCGACCAGCCCGGGAAGGGGAGCUUCUGGGCGCUGCACCCCGACUGCGGUGACAUGUUCGAGAAUGGCAGCUUCCUGCGGCGCCGCAAGCGCUUCAAGGUGCUGCGCGCCGACCACGCUCACUUGCACGCGGGGAGCGGCAAGGGUGCGCCAGGAGCCGGGCCUGGAGGGCACCUACACGCGCACCACGCGCACCCUCCCCACCACCACCAUCACCACCACCACCACCACGCCGCCCAUCACCACCCGCCCCCGCCUCCGCCGCACAUGGUGCAUUAUUUCCACCAGCAGCCGCCCCCUGCGCCGCCGCCGCACCUCGCUUCACAGGCCCCGCCGCCGCCCCAGCAGGGGCAGUCGCAGGCGCCGCCACCGUCGCACCCCGGCAAGAUGCAGGAGGCCGCGGCUGUGGCGGCGGCGGCAGCGGCUGCAGCGGCGGCAGCCGUGGGUAGCGUGGGGCGCCUGUCUCAGUUCCCCCCCUACGGACUAGGCUCGGCCGCCGCUGCUGCCGCCUCCACGUCUGGCUUCAAGCACCCCUUUGCCAUCGAGAACAUCAUCGGCCGGGACUACAAGGGCGUGCUGCAGGCAGGCGGGCUACCCCUGGCGUCUGUCAUGCACCACCUAGGCUACCCGGUGCCCGGCCAGCUCAGCAACGUCGUGGGCUCCGUGUGGCCGCACGUGGGCGUCAUGGACUCGGUGGCGGCUGCCGCCGCUGCCGCUGCUGCGGCCGGAGUCCCUGUAGGCCCUGAGUAUGGAGCAUUCGGGGUGCCGGUGAAGGCCUUGUGCCACUCUGCAAGCCAGGGCCUGCCAGCCGUGCCGGUGCCCAUCAAGCCCACCCCUGCGCUCCCGCCCGUGACCGCACUCCCACCGCCCGCGCUCCCUGUCCCCGCGGCGUCCCAGCAGCCGCCGGCGCCGUCCACUGUGUGCUCCGCGGCCGCGGCCUCGCCUGCAGCCCCUCUGCUGGAGCCCACGGCCCCGAGCGCGGCCGAGAGCAAGGGAGGGUCCCUGCAUUCGGUGCUGGUGCACUCCUAG